AUGGAUCUAGCUAGCCCUCACGUUGUGUCGGUAAAGAAUGACUUUUCCGAAAUAGAGAAUGAUUCCGGAAAAAUCCCUGGUAAGGACGAGUCGAUCGACAAUCUCGCCAAUGGCUCUACACGACCGUCGUUUGCUCACUUGGAUGAGAAAAAGAUACUUCGCAAGAUGGAUAUUCGGGUCAUUCCCGUCCUCGCCCUCCUUUACCUCUUGUCGUUUCUCGAUCGUGGAAAUAUAGGAAAUGCCAAGAUCGAAGGCCUCCAAGAAGACCUCAACAUGUCCGACGACCAGUACAACUGGUGUCUCACCGUCUUCUUCUUCACCUACGCUGCCUUCGAAGUCCCCAGCAACCUUGUCCUCAAGAAGCUGCGUCCCAGUCGUUGGCUCCCAUCCAUCAUGGUGGCCUGGGGAAUCGUCAUGACUCUCAUGGGAAUCGUCCAGAGCUAUCAUGGACUUCUCAUUGCUCGCAUCUUCCUCGGUGUCACCGAGGCCGGCCUCUUUCCUGGAGUUGCUUACUACCUGACUAUGUGGUACUGUCGCAGUGAGAUCCAGUUUCGACAAGCCCUCUUCUUCUCGGCUGCAUCCAUUGCCGGGGCAUUUAGUGGGCUGCUUGCAUUUGCCAUUGCCAAGAUGGAUGGGAUCGCCGGUCUUGAGGGCUGGCGCUGGAUCUUCAUCCUCGAGGGGAUAGCCACAGUCAUCGUCGCCCUCUUUGCCUUUUUCGCCCUCUACGAUUUCCCCGAGACAGCUAGUUUCCUGACCCGGGAGGAAAGGGAGUUUGUCAUUCACCGCCUCAAAUAUCAGGGAUCCAGGAGUGGAAAGAAUGACGACAAUGAUGUUCCCGUUGUCGAGGUCGCCGAGGCCGAUGAGUUCAAGUGGGAAUAUGUGCGACAGGCCUUUUGCGAUGGGCAGAUUUACAUCAACAUCCUCGUUUACUGGGGUAUCGUCUGCCCGCUCUACGGUGUCAGCCUCUUUCUACCCACCAUCAUCAAGGGUCUUGGAUACCAUUCCAGCACGGCCCAGCUCCUCACCAUUCCCAUUUACAUUGUUGCCGCCAUAACGGCCAUCUUCUUUUCUUGGCUCUCGGAUCGUGUGGGCAUAAGGAGUCCGUUCAUCAUUGUCGCCCAUGUCGUUAUGCUCCUGGGAUACGCAAUGUGCAUUGGCUCUUCGAAUCCUCGCGUCGUCUACGGCGGGAUCUUUGUUGCCACCCUCGGUAUCUAUCCCGCCUUUCCCGGUGUCAUCUCGUGGAUGUCCAACAACCUGUCUGGAAGCUAUAAGCGGAGUGCUGGCAUGGCCCUCCAGAUUGGUGUUGGUAAUCUUGCUGGCGCCAUGGCAGCCAACUUUUACCGUGGGUCAAAUGCCCCGCGGUACUUUCUCGGUCAUGGCCUCGAGCUUGGCUUCGUCAUGGUCGGUCUCCUGGCGGCCGUUGUCCUGGUCUCGUGGUACAUGCGAACAAACAAGAGCCGCGCGCGCAGGCUGGCCAACGGCGAGGCACUGAACUACACAUCGCAGGAGCUUGCCUCGCAGGGAGAUCGCGCCAUUACAUUCCGAUACGUGUACUAG